CUUGGUUUCCUCCUAUCGUACAUAACAUUCUAUUAGUUUCCAGACACACAAAUGACAAACCCAAGGAAUAAUAUGCCACCUCUCUCUUCCCCUCCCUUCUUAGUUUCUCACAUAGUCAGUUAGUCACAUUUCACUCCCAUUUGAACUUCAACACACCCUCCCUCUGCUGAGUCACUACCGUCCAUCAUCUAUCAUCACUGCCUCGGCGGUAGUUCUAUCUUUUCGGUGGUAGUUAUCUCUUCCAGUCUUAAGUGUAUUUCUUACCGUAAAAUAUUUUCUCUUGUGGAGUUGCUGUGUCCCUUUCUCUUUAUCUUGCUUUUUAGAUGGCAUCUGAAACUCAAUGCGGCACAAAUGAGGUUCCAGUGGCAUCCACUCCUGCAAAUGAGGCUCCUCAAAUGGCGACAACAGACACUAGUACUGUUGCCUCAAAUCUCCCUCCCAUAGAAGCAGAAGGUAUAAAAAAACCUAACCAAACGUCAUAUGUAUGGGGUCACUUCAUCUUAUUAGAAGGUGAGAGAGCUGAAUGUAAAUAUUGUGGUAAAACUUAUGCUGCUGGGUCAAAAACUUAUGGCAUUACCAACUUAAGAACUCAUUUGGAAUCUCGGUGUAAAAAAUAUCCUUAUGGUAAAAAGAAUAUGCAGGAUAAAACUCAAAUGACUUUAGCUUUUAAACCUAAAAAGAGUGAUGAUGCGGAGGGUACUAAUAGUAAUAGUCUUAUUGCUGUAAGCUACAAUGAGAGCAUGUGUAGGGAAGCACUCGCUAGGAUGAUUAUUGUGGAUGAAUUGCCAUUUAAAUUUGUUGAGCAUGAAGGGUUUAGGUACUAUAGUAAUGUGUUGCAGCCUAGGUUCAUUGUCCCAACUCGCACCACUGUUGCGAGAGAUUGCAUAAGACUUUAUUCAAUAGAGAGGGAUAGAUUGAAAAUAUUUUUAGAAAAAUCUACUCAAAGGAUUUCCCUCACCACUGACACUUGGACUUCCAUCCAAAAUAUUAAUUACAUGUGCCUUACUACCCAUUUCAUUGAUGAUGAUUGGCAAUAUCACAAAAGAAUUUUAAAUUUUCGUCAAGUCCCUAAUCACAAAGGUGAAACCAUUGGAAAGGUAGUGGAGUCAUUGUUGCUUAGUUGGGGCAUUGAUAAAAUUUUCACCCUCACAGUUGACAAUGCAGCCUAGUAACCUACUUGGAUAGGAUAACUAAAGAGUGGGGUGCUUCUAUCUUGGAUGGUGAGUUUAUGCACAUGAGAUGUUGUGCACACAUUGUGAAUCUUAUUGUGAUAGAAGGUUUGAAAAGCCUUCAUGAGUCAAUUGUUAAAGUCCGUAAUGCAGUAAGGUAUGUGAGGUCCUCUCCAUCUAGGUAUGAUAAGUUUAAAGCAUGUGUGGAAAAAGUGAAGAUUGCUAGUAAGGGUUGUGUAUGUCUUGAUGUUCCAACUAGAUGGAACUCGACCUACAUGAUGCUAGAGAAUGUAGAAAAAUUUCAAAGGGCAUUUGAAAGAUUACGUGUUAAUGAUGCACAAUAUAUUCGUUACUUCUUGGAUGAUGGAAGUGGGAAAAAAAUAUUAGGAUCACCUGAUUUUGAGGAUUGGGAUAAUGUGAAGGUGUUUGUGAAAUUUUUGAAGUUGUUUUAUGAAGUUACAUUACGAUUUUCUGGUUCUCUAUAUGUCACAUCUAAUGUAUUUUUUCAUGAACUUUGUGUGAUGAAAAUUGAAUUGACAAACUUGUGUGAAAGUGAAGAUCCUCUUUUGAGUAUGAUGGCAAGGGAUAUGCAUGAAAAAUUUGAUAAGUAUUGGGGGGACAUUGAGAGGCUUAAUUUGAUGAUGUUUGUUGCUGUUGUACUAGACCCAAGGUACAAGUUGAGGUUUGUAAAUUUUUGGUUUGCCAAAUGGAAUUCAGGAGCAGUGGCAGAUGAUAUGACAAAAAAGGUGAAAAAGACUGUUGUUCGUAUGUAUGAGCACUAUUGUAACUGUGAUGGGUAUUCAAAUGGGCAAGGUCAAGAUGGCUCUUCUUCAAACAAUGUUGAGACUAGACCUAUACAAGAUCCCCACACAUUGGUGAAAUCUAUUUAUAAGAAGCAUUUGGCAAUGGAUAGUUUGGAAAGCAAAUCAGAGGUGGAAAGAUAUUUGGCUGAUUGUGUGGAAGAGGAUUCUCCAAAUUUUUGUAUUUUAAAUUGGUGGAAGGUGAAUUCCUCAAAAUAUCGGCUUCUCUCAAAAGUAGCUCGUGAUGUGUUAGCCAUUCCUCUCUCUACAGUUGCCUCUGAGUCCGCAUUUAGUACUGGGGGUCGUGUGUUGGAUCCAUUUCGAAGCUCUUUGCUGCCUAACACAGUUGAAAUGUUGAUUUGUGCUCAGAAUUGGUUAAGAGCUACUGAUAUAAUUGAUCUUCAAGAAGCAAUGGAAGAAGUUGAAUCCUAUGAGAGUCUUGAAUCAGAGUUUGCAUCUCAAAGCACCAUAACAGUGGAAGAGGAAGAUUAGUUGGAAAUUGGAAUGCUGGAAUCUGGAUAGCUUGGAUAUUUUAGUUCUUAGUGGGACUAGUAUAGAAUUCUUUUGAAAUCCAUUCGUAGAAAAAGUUCUGUAUAUUUUGUUUAUAAACUCUUGAUAUAUUUUGUUUAUAACUGGCUCAGGAACUUAGGAUGCUAGUUCUGUAUAUUUUGUUUGCUGACUCAGUUACAUAUAUUUUGUUUAUAACUGAGUCAAGAACUUAGGACACUAGUUCAAUAGUUCAUAUAUAUUUAGUUUAUCAACUUAGUUAGAUAUAUUUUGUUUGUAACUGAGUAAAGAACUCAUAUAUUUUGUUUAUAAGUGAAUUAAGAUACUAGU